AUGGUUAUUCUGCAUGAUUCUAUGAUUCGCUUUCCAGCCCUGUUGGCGCUAAAGUGUUUACAGUUACGGGGUCUGGGAAUAUUGGCUCUUAAGAGUAAGAGCUUCCUGCUUAAUCUGAGCCCCGAAGCCAAAUCCCUUCUGGAUAUCUGCCAGUCCCUUUGGGAAAGCAGAUUCCGCAGUGCUGACGUCUGUCGUCUGUCGGAGGACAAGCUUCUCCACGAGUACGCUGAAGAUUUCUUGGAAAAACUUAACUAUGAUGGGCUACUUAUGCUCUCUCUCCUUACUUGGCACUUUAAUGCGUCAGUUCACAACUUUCCGACGGCGGCCCUGCCUCCUCGAGAACUCCUAGAGUUUUUCUCGCGAUCAACAGGGAAUCUCGAGCAACUAUGUGAGAUUCUUUGGAGUCGAUACAAUGCAUUUUCAGAGCGGAAAUUGACGCUAGGGGCUUUUAAGGCCAAAUUCAAGAAACUUGUGAGCUUUCUUGAGCAUGGAUCUGGCUUAUACUUUCUUGCAUCUUCUCGGUAG